CAAAAAGCGGUGCUGCGGUUUUCCACCUGAGCGCGAAGUCGUGAUGUAACUCUGUGCCGUGGCCAGCGCAAGUUUUCCACCCCCGUGGGCGUGAGUGACACUGACCGCCACACAUUGACCCGGAAAUGCAGUGCAACAGAGUGAUUUAUGCGGUAGCAAUUCAGCAGUGAUUAUUUCGGAAUACUUUCCUUCGCAAGUCAGUUCUCGCGCCAAACUCUCAAUCAAGUGCUGUGACAAGAGAUAUUCUGCCCCCGCCCUUAAGAAGUAUCAAGUGGACUUUUUACCUGGGCCACUAGAGUGCUUACGACAGAGCUUUUCCCACCCCCCCCCCCCUGCGCCCCCUGCGCCCCCUGCUAUGGAUAGUCGUGCCGCCCGGAGUGCCGAAGACAGGCGAUAAGGACAGUUGCGGCGACCGCCCGAGGAGUCUCAAAUUUGGAAGGACACCGAACAGAAAACCACCGAAAUGCUGUCGGAAGUGGGACAAUGUCUGAUCGUACUGAUGUUGCUAUUCAAUACAGACGCCAAUCCCACGGAGAGCCAGAUGGACGUGGAGGCGCACACAGGACCAUAUCUCAGUGAUCACGACAUCACCAACGUGACGACACAGGUCGGAACGCACGCGUAUCUGCCGUGCAAGUUGACGAUUCCCGGCCAAUUGCAGAUGAAGCAGCUGGGCAACAAAUCCGUCUCGUGGGUCCGCGUGCGUGACGACCACAUCUUGAGCGUCGACCGGAUGACUUUCAUCGCCGACGAGCGCUUCCAGUCGCACUACGUCGAGAGCACGAGCGUCUGGACGCUGCAAAUCAAGUACGUUCAGGCGCGCGAUGCCGGCGUGUACGAGUGCCAAGUCUCCACCGAGCCAAAGAUCAGCGCUCAAGUUCACCUCAACGUUGUGGUGCCGCGGACUGAAUUGGUGGGCGAUGCAGUGCGAUACGUGAAGGCGGGGAGCAAAGUGAUACUGCGCUGCUUAGUUCGUGGCGCCCUGGAGCCACCGUCGUAUAUCAUGUGGUUCUUCGGCAUCCAGCAGAUCUACCAGGACAACAAGCGUGGCUGGAAGAUUCAGAUGGAGCGUGAGUUUCUUGAUCCCGAAAUGGGCAAUCACACCACGGUGGGAUCGCUAAUCAUCAAUGUGGCACGGAAACGUGACUCGGGCAACUACACCUGCAGCCCGUCCAACAGUGAGGCCCUCACUAUAAUGGUGCAUGUCAUUAACGGCGAAUACUCCGCGUCGGCCAUCACGUCGGCCUCCAGCACGAAGUACAGCGACUUGAUUGCGUCCGCAGUCAUUAUAUCAGUGGCGAUGUUCAAGACGUGACACCUCCUCGCCGCCCUGCUGUGAAUUGCGCUCUGUUCUGGCAAAGUGAUACGUUGGUUGUACAGUGGUUGAUUUCCCCCGCUGACCUCCGGCCGGGCUGACCUCCGGAGGCAGGCUGGCAGGCUACUUUAGGAUAGAGUGUGUGCGAGGAGUUCUUAGAGCGUGCGUCGCACGGCGCGUACUUGUAUAAAGUACUAUCUAUUGUAUAUAACAGCAUGGAAGGUUAUGUAUUACAUGUACUAACACAAUUUAAUUCAUGAAAACAAAGCGGAAGAGGACUUUUCGGUUGGCAAGACACACAAAUCACAUCACGCCGAGGUGUUGCCACUCUCCUCGUCCAUCAGUCCCGGCGCUGGCAGUGCUAACAUCGCGUGUCCUCGUCGUCCUAACAAAUGAUUCCUGGGCACUGAUGACAUCACACGGAAGCGCAAAUGCAUCGUCGCCGUGCAAAAAGCUCAGGCGAUGAAUCUCUGGACGAAUCA